UAACUUCCAAGAUAGGAUACUAUUACUAAAGAAUUACGAAUCUGAGACUACACAUUUUCAAUAAGAUCCAGAAACAUCAACCGGUCCAAAACUCUGGGUAUCAAUCUUGAGUCAAGCAUUGCAUUAAAGUUAUUUCUAGUUUUGAUUUACGGAGAACCCAAGAUGAAGAACGGAGAGUAGCUACGUGAGGAGGACUAGAGCGCGCACUGGUACUCCCACGCGCCUCUGAUCGUUCAUUCAGCACCACAGCAACUGAACAGCGACCGCAGUGUGCACGCCAACGAAUGGGUUGGGGACUGUUUAUUUUAAAUCCGACAGAUAAGAUCACAUUAUUGCAGUUUAUCCAAUAUCAUCUGGACGCCUCGUGUGUUAAUAUGUGGACGUCUGUUUACUGAAGGAAUAUCCGCUAUAACGGAACGACAAAUGUGAUUUGAUCGAGAGCAACACUCUGCUGUGUAACAUACUUUUUUGCGGUUCCUAAUCUGUCGUAAAUCAUGAAAUACUUUGAGAUUGUUUGUUGUUCUGAAAGCGCAAACAUCAAUCGGGAAAAACAGAAUCGCGACCACCUCUUGUCGAGGCGAGCGGUCCGCCACACCUGACUGUUUUUCUGCCUCCGGCUGUGACAUGAAAACUCGGACCAGAAAGAAACGGAUGAAAGGGCGAAGAGCUGCAAAAGGCCAUGUGGAUUUGAAAGGGAACAUAUCAGAUUGAAGUGGGAGCCCAGAACAACCCACAAGUCCGAUCGCGACUGACAAUCACAGGCAUGGGGACAGCAGAAAUCAAGAGACGGUCAGAGGUCUUGCAACCUGUUGUUGAUCUGGAGUAACGAGACAGAGAUCUGAUGUUGAUUUGAUCUAAAUGGCAGUGACUUGGGGGGAAAACACGUGCUUUUGAUUGAUUUAUGUCUUGUAUUUUUUUUAUUUGUGUUUCUUAAUACAAAUACAUUUGAGGAGUAGCUAAUUACAUUGGGCGCCUGGACUGGACAUGAACUUAGAUUGAAGCGUUUCUUCGGUAAUUUAAAUGUAUGUGUAUAAUUAUAUUUAUUUAUAUUAAUUAAAUUAAUAUCAAGCCAUGGGUUGCCUUCAGAGCGUCGCCUGCAAACCCCGAAUUAAACGCGAGAAUAUCGUUGUUUACGACGUCUCUGCUACUAUUGACCACUGCCCGACAGUGAUCGAGGAGAAUUCACCCAUAGUGCUCCGCUACAAAACUCCGUACUUCAAGGCCUCCGCCCGGAUAGUGAUGCCGCCGAUCCAUCGAAACGAGGCUUGGGUGGUGGGUUGGAUUCAAGCGUGCACUCAAAUGGAAUUCUACAACACUUAUGGAGACCUCGGCAUGUCAAGCUGGGAGCUGCCAGAGUUACGGGAAGGACUGGUGAAGGCCAUUAGCGACUCGGACGGCGUGAGUUACCCAUGGUACGGAAACACGACUGAAACUGUGACCCUCUCCGGCCCCACCUCCAAACCUUCAUGCUUCACUGUCAGCAUGAAUGAUAACUUCUACCCCAGCGUAACAUGGGCCAUACCAGUGAGCGAGAGCAACGUGGCUUUGCUUACGUGGAUCAAACGCGACCAGAGCUUCACCACUUGGCUGGUGGCUUUAAAUAUGGCCACACAGGAAAAGAUCCUCCUGCAGACAGUUAAGUGGAGGAUGAAAGUAGACAUCGCUGUGGACCCCUCCAAGCCACUGGGCUCUCGAGCAAGACUCACUGGCCGGGUGCACCAGGACCAGCCCAAGGUGUUGACUCAUAUGGAACCGAUCCCCCCUAACGCUCUGGGUAAACCCAAUGCUAAUGACGCACAAGUGCUAAUGUGGAGGCCCAAGCAAGGACCACCAUUAGUGGUGAUCCCCUCUAAGUAGCAGGCUGUGGGAAGCAGGUUUUUAAAUCAAAAGUCAAUUUGCCUUAAAUGCACACUGCUGCCUUUAUAGAGAUACUUGGUUCUUGAAUGGCCCUGGAGACACUUAAAGGGACAGUUCAUUCAAAAAAAUUAAAAUCUAAAAUAUUUUACUCACCCUCAUGUUACUCCAAAUCUGUAUGACUUUUGUUCCUUCUAUGUAAAAUAUUAUCUGAUAUAUUUUCCAUCCAGGGAAACAAAACACUGGAUGCCACUGACUUUCAUUUUGUAGACAAAAAACUAAAAUUCUCAAAAUAUCUUCUUUUGCGUUCCACAGAUAAUUUGGGUGAACUGUCCCUUUUAAUUUGAUAUCGACAUUUGCCUUAGAACCUCAGAUUCAAGUAUUAAAGAAACCAUAUUUCUGGUAUACAUAAAUGGAUACUCCACCCAAAAAUAAUAAUUUGUCAUAAUUCACGCACCCUCAUGUCAUUCCAAACCUGUAUGACAUUCUUCUGUGGAACAUUUAUAAAAUAA